CUUCUCUACUCUCCUCACCCCACCUCACCUCACCCCUUUUCUUCUUUCUCAAAGAGAAAAAUACCUACGAAAAUGUCCUUCCACAACAGCUGCCAAAACAUCCACCUCAUCCACGAGCCCGGUGCUACUUUCCUGCACGCCGAGGUGCGUCGUGCGAAUGGCGAGUAUGUUGCUCGCAAGAUCCGUCUUGAUAGACAUAUUGGAAAUACCGAUGGCUGGUUCAUCUGGGGCGGCUCCAACUUCACCGAAACGGCCAAUGACAUUCAGCUCGAGAACACUGGCCGCGGUCCCAAGUUGACGGCGUACUUGAGGAAGCGGGAUGGUGGAUACAGAGAGUUGCAGGGGUUGUAUCUGGCGGAUAAGAUUGCUAAUGAGAAUGGGGAGUUGGUGUUUAAGGGACCUUAGAUACCUCGUUAGUAUCUACUAAGCAAGCACUGAGAACGGGAGAUAUGGGGUGAUAAGCAACAGCAAGCCAAAGGCAGAAUAAGUAUUUGUAUGAUUGGAGAUAUUGCAUAGCGAAUG